CUCGAAAAAGCUUACCCAAGCAGCAGGGAUAAGAAGGAAAAAUGCCCAGCCUCCUUCUGACGCCCCCUUCUCUAUAAAUCCCCGUCCUCCUCGCUGAUUCGAGGUUUGUCCUCAGUCAACCCACUCACUACAUCCCCAUCACCAAAAGAAGACGCAGGUCGUCUUCGAGUUUUUGUGUUUCGUUUCACUUCAUCCGUUUAAGUUAUCAGUUUUUGCGGAGCAGGUCUCUUGCAGCAUUCCAUCUCUUACGUUCAAGAAUCAUUCGAUAAUGUACGCCUUCUCUACGAUCACCUCUCUCCUCGCCUUCUCGGCCGCACUGGUUGCUGGUCAGGCCAACAUCACGGCUGCUUUCCUCAAUACCACUGCUGUCAAUGUUACGAGCAGUAACAAAGCUAUUGAUGGCGGUGCGUUGGCGAACACCUCUUACGCCUCUUCGUCGGCUGUUACGCAUGUUGUCGAGGUUGGAAAGGGUGGGUUGACCUUCAACCCGCCCCAGCUCCAGGCUGCCGUCGGCGAUAUGGUCCAAUUCCAAUUCUGGCCCAAGAACCACUCCGUCGCCCAAGCCGCCUUCGCAAACCCCUGUGCUCCCAUUCCCGCCGCCGCCGGCGUCGCCCAAUUCUGGUCCGGCUUCAUGCCCGUCUCUAACUCCUCCACCUCCAUCCCGACCUACACCAUCCUCGUCAACAGCACCACUCCGCUCUGGUUCUACUGCUCGCAGGGAGACCACUGUCAAAGCGGAAUGGUCGGUGUGAUUAACCCUACUUCCAAUAAGACGCUCGAGGCGUUCAAGGCUAGUGCGGCAAAGGCGACGGAGAACCUCAGUCCCGGGCAGGUUCCGGUUACUGGGGCCAAUGGGACGGUGGUCGGGGCGAAUGGUACUGUGAGUGGGACUACUGGGGGGCGUGUGAACUCUACUUCGGCGAAUGGGACGAUUGCGAGCUCUUCGACUGGUGGUGCUGGACACUUGAAUGUCGAUGUCAUGACUGUUACCUUGGCUGUUGUUACCGGUCUCAUUGGGUUUUCCUUCGUUUAGAUAGCCUUGGUGAGUUGUGAGAUCUCUGGGCGUUGUUUGGAUGAUUGUAUAUUCUUGGUGAUGGAAU